CAUUCUGAUCUUUAUUAAAGCUUCCCAACUUUUUGGUCGCCUAGUGAUACUCCACUGUAUAAUCUGGAACCCUGUGAACCACUGCCUUUCGAUGUGGCACGAUUCCGAGGCCUGACAGCUUCUGUGUUGCUGGACCUCACAUAUUUGACCGGCAUUCAUGAAGACAUGGGCAAGCAGAGCAUCAAGCGGCAUGAAAAGAAACACCGACAUGAGUCUGAGGAGAAAGGGGAUGUUGAGCAGAAAACUGAGAGUGAAUCUGCUUCAGAUACACGAACAGGCUUAACAUCUGACGAUAUCAAAAGCCAGGGUACCCUGAGCUCCAAAUCAGAAAAUGAGAUAGCUUCAUUUUCUUCAGAUCCAACACUGCCAAGUGUGGAAUCUCAGCAUCAAGUAAUAGAAGGAAAAAGAAAAAAUCAUGAACACAUAUCCAAAACCCAUGACAUAGCCCAGUCAGAAAUCAGAGCAGUCCAGCUGUCCUAUCUCUACCUUGGUGCUAUGAAAUCACUUAGUGCUCUUCUUGGCUGUAGUAAGUAUGCUGAGCUGUUGCUUAUACCAAAAGUUCUGGCUGAAAAUGGCCACAACUCAGACUGUGCAAGCUCUCCAGUUGUUCAUGAAGACGUGGAGAUGCGUGCAGCCCUGCAGUUCUUGAUGCGACACAUGGUGAAGCGAGCGGUCAUGCGGUCACCCAUAAAGAGAGCGUUGGGAUUAGCUGAUCUGGAACGAGCUCAAGCCAUGAUUUAUAAAUUAGUGGUCCAUGGACUUUUGGAAGACCAGUUUGGGGGCAAAAUUAAGCAAGAGAUUGAUCAACAAGCUGAAGAAAGUGACCAAGCCCAACAGGCACAGACGCCAGUUACCACUAGCCCAUCAGCUUCGAGCACAACUUCCUUUAUGAGCAGCUCACUGGAGGACACCACAACUGCCACCACUCCAGUCACUGACACAGAAACAGUGCCUGCGUCUGAGUCCCCAGGAGUGAUGCCACUAAGUCUUCUCAG